CUGAAGCAACCAAAUGGCGUUCGCGUGGGUCGUAGCUCCGGGACUUUAAAACAUUAUACCACGUGACUCGGCAGCCAUUUGCGAAUUUCGUGCGUAAGGGAGAGUGUAUCUCACCAUUGACAAUGAUGGUGAAAUUAAGGUUUAUUCUUAUUCUGGUGGUAUGCCAUAUCAUAGGCGGACUGCACGCCAGGCGCGGAGACUCUGAAAGCGAAGGCGAAGGUCCGGACAAAACGGACGAGGAUGAGAGCUGCCCAUCCGAUUCCACAUCUUCUUCACCCUCAUCAUCUUCUUCAUCUUCUUCGUCCGAGUCGAGCUCCGAGUCGUCAUCCGAGUCGAGCUCUUCGGAGGGCAACCCGAAUGGAAAUGGAAAUAUGGCCAUGCACCUCGUGAUCCGCAAGAAACAGAGCGAGAGUGAGAGUGAGAGCGAGAGUGAAAGCGAGAGUGAAAGCGAGAGUGAAAGCGAAAGCGAGAGUGAAAGCGAGAGUGAAAGCGAAAGUGAAAGCGAGAGUGAAAGCGAAAGCAAGAGCAAGAGCAAGCACAAGCACAAGCGGAGGAGCAAAAGCGAGAGAGAAACAAGCGAGAGCACGUGCACUACGGACGAAAUAACCGGCCCGCAGACCCCCUGGGCGCCGCCACCGACAGCGCCGCCGCCGACCACAACAUGUCCACCCACAACCACAACCACGACCACAACGGAAGCUCCAGAAUGGUACCCAGAGGCAGAGACUUACCCGCACGAUCCUAGCGGAUGUUACCCCUUUGAUGUACGAGGUAUUGGAGAGAUUUGCUGUGGCUAUUGUAAAGACCCAAACGCCGAGUGCAGGGUGUCAGAUGGAUGCUAUAUGACCUGCGAGUGCAAAGAUGGCUAUCAUUAUGAGCAUGCCUAUGAACACAUAUACGGGAACUGUGUCAAAAAUAAAGGUGAGCUGGAUCAAACUUGUUUCGACGACGCAGGAUGCACGGCGCCGCAUACCAUAUGCACAGAGAAUGUCUGCGACUGCGAUGAAAACCACUAUCGCUAUUUCGGCCAAUGUAGAGGAACAGCCAUCGGCUCACCGUGCUCAGCACACAUGAACGCUUGUUGGGGGAAUGACGUGGAAUGCGGGGGAAAAGGGGAAAAAACGUGCAGAUGUAAACCAGGCUUUAAAUACUCUUCCAUAACCGGACAAUGUGUAGGCGGUCCGUUCACCUGUGAACCAUGCGCGCCAUGUGCCGAGCAUGAAGACUGUGCAGUGACCGGAUUUGCGUGCAGCGAUAAAAACCAGUGCGUGUGCGCAGAAGGUUAUGUCAUGUAUGAGAACGAAUGCUUGGGCACGUUGUUCGGCUCUAAAUGUAACCCCGACUUCGACUCGUGCUCAGAAAAGAACGUGAAUUGCAAGGAAGGGGAAUGCCAGUGUAAAUAUUCUCACUUCGAAUAUAGCGCAGAGCAUAAGAGAUGCUAUGGCAGAGGACUCGGUGAUGAUUGCAUACCGGGAGCUGGGUGCGACGACCCGAACGCGAUUUGUCACCCGAGAACCAAACGCUGCGAGUGUGACUCAGAGCAUCACCGACAUGAAAUGAGAUGUGUGGGAAUACACCUUGGCGAUGACUGCGCUCCGGAAGCGGACACUUGCAGCGAUCGCCAUGUGUCCUGUGUGGAAGGGAAGUGUGAUUGCGAUGAAUUUUAUAGCAUAGACGGCGGAAUAUGCACUCGCGAUACAACAUGCCGGCCGUGUACGGAUAAUUUUCACUGCCUAGACGCACUGCCAGGUUCGAAAUGUGUAAAUGGCCACUGCGAGUGCCCGCGCGGAUUGGUAGAGGGCGUAAAUGGAUGUGUCGGAACAAAAUAUGGCGAACCUUGCGAUCCUGGCGACAGCACUUGCACUGGGAACGGUGUCUACUGUAAACCUUUUCCGGGACAGACACUCGGAUAUUGUGCCUGUCCAGUCGGCUCCAAUUUCAAUUUCAAUGAAAAUUAUUGUGGGGGCACUUUACUUGGGGACGAAUGCGGUCCGGGUCACCCGUGCACUACCCCGCAUGCUGUGUGCUCAUAUGGGUUCUGUGGGUGUGGUACUGGAUAUGAAGCUGUUGGUACCGAGUGUAGUGAUGGACAUUUAGGUUCACCGUGCAAUAAUAUGUCAACGUGCAGGGAUAUUAACACGCAAUGUGGUACAGAUGUGUGUGUAUGUAAGCAGGGCAGCAUGCUGGAUCAAGAUGGAAAAAUUUGCUUAUCACGGCUGGGAGAAAAGUGCAAUAACAACCAUGACUGUAACACUGGGAAGUGUAGCGCCGGCGAUGAUGAAAGCGACUUUUGUGAUCAAGUCUGCAUUUGUAAACCACCAAAGGUUCCAAUCUUAGGAAAGUUUUCCUGUUGGUGGGACCUAGCGGACCCUAGUAAUGAUGGAUGUGUGCCCCUGGCAGCCCUCAACGAACCCUGCGAAUUGGACGAAAACUGUGAUGGGGAAAACACGAUGUGUCUUGGGACGUGCGUGUGCAGACAAGAUGCACCCUACAAUGCUAAUCAAAAUGACUGCAUUCCUAAUACAAGAGAUCUCGGUGAAAAUUGUGAAUGCGAUGAAAGGUGCCCGGAAAACGCCAUAUGUGAUGACACGUGCAAAUGUGAAGAUCCGUUCCAAGAAAGAAGCGGCAAAUGCGUGAGAGCACAACAACAUGGUGAGGACUGCGACGCCAGACGUGAGUGUAACACUGGCGCUGGCCUGAUGUGUAAGGACGGAAAAUGUAAAUGCCCGACGAACACAGUGACUCAUAAUGCUGGCGGAGUGCCCACUUGCCCAUAAGAUGUGCUCACGGAACAUGACUUGUAUUGAUUGAAAAUCAAUCUAGUGUCUACUUUGAGUGAUAAAAUCCGACUUAUGUCUAUUCAUAGAAAGAACGUUACUUUUCUUUUUGCUGUAUAAGAUGCUGAUGAAACACUGUGUUAUAUAAAUGUGACUAAAGAUGUCUAUGCAUAGAAUACUGACAAUAUCUUCAACCCAAAUUCAAGUGUAUGUAUGUGUUCUUCUCUCUUUUUUUGCUUUGUGCAUUUAGUAUUCCAAGACUCCUAGAUGGAAUUGCGAAAAAAAAACAGGAAAUAACAAACCAACUUCUAACUGGGCAAUAUCAUUAAAUAGCGCGUGAAUUCAAGUAAUCAUAUGUUCAAAAACACAUGUGACCGUGUUUUUGAUUGUACAUAUAUAGUGAAUAUUUAAUUGUUGUUCUUUUUUGCAGUUUUGUUGUUUAUUGAUUGGGCCUUUUUUGAUUUAAUAAACAGAGUCAUUAAAGUUG